AUGUCGUACAAAAUAAGUUCUACAUUAGUCCUUAAUGGUAUUGAGAAAUUAUUUUGUGGACAUGGUGGUUGGGGUACAAUUUGCCAUGCUGCUCAUUUAACUGGUAAUCGUAUGAAGCUAAUUAAUAAUGCUCUGCCUACGAUUGAGUGUCUUCUCAAACGACAUCCACGUAUGCGUUCUCGUCUACGCGUUGAAGAUAAUGACUACUUUCUCGAUACUCUCGAAUACAUUACAGAAUAUCUAUCGAAUUAUUUAUUCUUUUCGACGAUGGAUUCCAAUGAAGAUUCAUGGCAAAAUAUUUGUGAACGUAAAUGUAAUGAAGAUCCAUAUUCGAAUGAUGGUACAAUAAUCUUUCCACUUUUUCAUUUCAUCCUACUAUUUAAUUCACAAUCAUUGGAGAGCGAUGAUCGCUUUCAUUUGCUACUCUUUACAAAUCAUUGUGCCUUCGAUGGUCGAAGUGGAUUUGUUCUUAUGAAUGAUUUCUUAACUUUGGCAACAUCAUCAGAUUUAAAUCCCAUAUCUGAACCACUCAAUCUUGAUAUUCUUCCAUUGAUAAGCGAUUUAAUUCCUCGACCAUUUGGUCCUCUUUAUCCAAUUUUAUUCUUUCUUGCUAAACGUGUCAUUAAACAUGAAUUUAGAAAAUUAACUCGACCACGAAUUCCAAUCACACUUUAUCGAAUGGCCGAUAGUCAAUCGAAUAAAUUUCAUGUACCACGAUACUACACAAAAUUUCUCUUUUCUUCAAGCUCUGUCAAUCUCUAUGAUAGUCUACACAAGCAAUGCCGAUUGCAUGAACUCACAUUAAAUGGUCCACUGUGUGCGUGUCUCUUAUUAGCUAUUCAUCAUUGCUUUCCACUGGAAGAUGAUACUCGAUUGAAACCAUUUUCGAUUGGUAUUGUUUUCGAUAUGCGUUCACGUCUAACUAGAUCACCCUUAACAAAGACAUCUGUUGGACUCUUUAUUGGCGCUAGCGAUAUAGAACUUCGUCGAUCACUUUCGAUACGAUCUACUCGAUUUUGGUCUUUAGCGAAGAAAUGUAUGAUAAACACUCGAAAUCAAUUGAAACGCAACGGUGUUCCAUUGGCUAUGAAUAUUUUCACUAACUUUGGCAGAAAUGAGGAAAGUUUUGAGCAAUUUACUCGAAAUUUUCCUGAUGGACGUUACUCGGAAUUAGCCUUCUCGAACGUUGGAAAAUAUCCAUUUUCGUGUGAUUACAAUAAAGGAGAUAUUCACUUGCAUGCUUUACAUGUAAUAAGCAAUAACAGUGUAUAUCGUACAUCGACAGUGGUAUUUGUUACAUGUGCUGGUGAUGGCCAGUUGGAUAUUUCCAUGUCUCAUGAAAUGGAUAGUGACGAAAGAGCUAAACAAUUUCUCAACUUCUAUAUACGUCUCAUCGAAAUAUGUGCCAAUGAAAAACUUUGUCAUGAAGAAACAACACUCGCUGACAUUUUGCAAUCUGCUCAGUAG